UCUCCCUUUUCCCCAGUGAACGUCUGCUUCGGAGUGUGCGCGGCGAAUACCGCAAAGAGAGCCCAGGCUCCAGUAAAGGUGCUGGUGCUUUCCAGGCUUGCAUUCAUGUAGUCGUAGUAGAAAUCAUGACGCCGGAUCGCUUCUGAACGAAACGCCUGCAUCACAUUCGAAAGAAGACAUCACGGAUCUGCGAGUGAGAGUUUCGGUUUCGAGUUUGUGAGACGGAUUGACGUCAAAACCCGAAGCUUGGCAGUUCCUUUCUUUUUCUAUGGCGUCGAAAGAAGAGGACGUGUUUCAAGAUGCUGGUGAUCAGGACGAAAAUGAGGUGUUCGAAGAUGCGUUGGACAUGUCAAGUCCCAGGAUCGAAGACGCUCAGGCCGUCUCUGUGGAAACCGCGGCUGAAGAAGCCACCAGAGCUUUGGAUCUCCUCCUCAACAACCAGUUCGGUGAAGCCCUCAGACGAAUGCGACCCAGGGCCCACGAGAGCAUGUAUCAUGCCCUUGGACAGUCCACCAUCAUGUUCAUGCAAGCUGUUCUCACAAUCGACAUGAGCGACAUCAAGGCAGCGCAAGAAGCGAUCCGGCAAGGCGUAGAAGUUUGUAAUCGAUUUCGUCGGCGAACGUCUACAGUGGCACGAAUGCUACUACGACCUGACUACACCACUUAUACCAUCGAGGAGGUCCAUGCUGAACUGUGUUACGCGGAAUGCCUCCUGGAAAAUGCCAUUCUCACUUUCAUCGAAGACCAAAGCUUGGUGACGUUCAUCAAAGGAGGUCUCAAAAUCCGGUCUUGCUACCAGUCAUACAAAGAAUGCAUGCAGAUGCUGGCAACAAGAAACUGGGAGAGCUCCAGAGAGAAGGGUCACUUUGAAAGCGGUGUUCACCUGGGUGUCGGGGCCUUCAAUCUGCUCAUAUCACAACUUCCGACAAGAAUCCUGAAAUUGCUGGAGUUUAUAGGGUUUUCGGGAAACAAGACCGUUGGUCUGCGAGAACUUGAAGAGGGAUGCAUGUUGCAAGACUAUCUCCGAGGGCCUCUCUGCAGCGUCGUUCUGGUUGCCUAUCACACAUUCGUGCUUUAUAUUCUCGGUCUAGGGGACGGAGACUUAGAACUAUCUGACAAACUAGUGAAAGGACUUCUAUCUAAAUUUCCACAGGGUGUCUUGAGUCUGUUCUUCAAUGCACGAAUGUACCAGGUCAAGGGACAGAUUGACAACGCAGUUACACAGUAUUACGAAGCUAUUCAAGCGCAAAACGAAUGGAUUCCUUUCCACUAUAUCUGCUACUGGGAGCUGCUGUGGUGUCACAACUUCAAGUGCGAUUGGGACAAAGCAAUCGAAACGGCCAACAUUCUUCGUGAAGGCUGCCGGUGGUCCAAGGCAACAUAUGUCUACAUUCAGGCAGCAUGCAUGUACGCAAAGCUAGUCGAAGGCAGUACCGAGCUACUUGAGGACAUCGCUAAUCUUCUGAGGCAAGUCCCAGCUUUGAAACAGAAGAUUGCGGGCAAGUCCAUCCCGAUCGAGAAGUUUGUGGUGAAGAAGUCACAGAAAUUCUUCGAUAACGGACAGAGGCUGACCCUUCCAGCCGUUGAAAUCAUGUACAUGUGGAACAGCUUCCCAAUGAUUGGUAGGAAUGAGAAACUGCUGCUGCGGAUACUUUGCUUGAUUGAAAAUGCAGUGCCUGAAGUUACCAAAAGAAAAGAAGAGGACGAGAGGUUCAUAGAUGACUAUUGCCUGGCAAUGCUACUCAAGGGCGUGUGCAAGCGAUAUAUGGGCCAUCCACUACAGGCUGAAGAGUGUUUCCUGGAAGUUUUCAAGUAUCAAAACCAAAUCUUGGAAGACACAUAUCUGCUGCCAUUUGCCGCCGCUGAGCUCGGAUUUCUUGCUGUGCAACAGCAGCAGUACACAAAGGCGAAGGAGUGGCUCGACCAAGCACGCACCAACUACCACGACUACCUGCUCGAGUCCCUCGUCCACUUCCGCAUCCACUCUGCUCUCAAGUCUCUACGAAGCAACGGGCACCUGUCAUCCCGUUCUAAUCCGACGACGCCCUCACCCACAAACUCUCCCUUCCCUUCUCCCCUGAACACUCCAACACAUGCAGUCAAAGUGAACGGAUUCCCAUACCUGAGCACCAGCCCAGGCAUCACAAAGAAGGUCAUUCACCCACCCAUCUCAACCGCUGAAGGUGGCAUCGUUGGAGCUGACUGAACGUCUCUGCGCUUGUUACAUGGUUGUUGAGAAUUGUUGAUGUGAUUUGAAGUUUCCUUGAUGAUGCACUCCCGUUGCCGCCCGAGAAAUAUCGACGGUUAUUAUUAUUUUCGGAGGAGUUGUCGUGUAAGUGAUCAAAUUUUCGGCUGCGAACAAUCGAAUAAUCUGAAGGGAGUUUCCUCAUGUUUUUUUUUUUUUUUUUUCCGAGGCUGGGUUUCCCCAAUUUCUCUGCGGAGCACGUUUGUUGUUUCUGGGCGGGUAUAGAUGUUCGAGGUCGAGCCUCAGCUGGGAAGAUAUAAUUUUUUUAGCAUGUUGGUUUGAACGAGAAUAAGAAAGUUUAAGGUAAAAAAAAAAACAACAACAACAGAAAGCUCUCCAAUGUUGCCAGCCAGCCUGACCUCACGGAGCACCUGACGCAUAUCUGCAUCGUUUGGUAUGAUUGAAGUUGAAGACCUAGUACGACGGCUAUAUGAUGCACUGUGUAUGUCUACUGGACUGCUUUCCAAAGUAAAUAUUUUUUCGGAUGCGCACAUACCGCAACGCACUAACGACAGCAGUCAUUCCAAUUAUCCGCGAAUCAGCUUUUCCUGGGCUAUUGUGGAGAGUUUUGUAAGCAGGUGUACGUGCUGCAUUUUAAGCCUUCAGGGUUGAAUACUAUCCAGUGAAUGGCAUUCCUCAACAAUGCUCGCGCUGCAUAAUUGCUACAUUUAGUUUAGCUUAUUGUUUGCGUUUAAUACGGUCAAAACAACAUGCAUUUAUUGUGUACGAAUAGUAAUUCAGUGAAAUUUCUCGUUAGGAAACAAUCGCCAUGAUUGUAUAAGCUCACUCCCUUUGUUUCUUCAGAAAUUUAUCGCUUCGCUACACGACUUUCAAAAUCGUUUGUGCAACUGGUGUAGUCAUCCUGCUAGGAGGGAGGAGCAGCAAGGAAGGGUAAAUUCCUCUUUCCUCCUAAAUUCCCCUAAAUUUCCGCGGAGGAAGAGUGCACCGCAACGCAUUUCUCGACAAAUGUUAAAAUUAUGCAAGAGAAGUGGUUAGAGACAGCAAAAUGUCAGCGUAUAUGGGAUUCUCUGCCGUGAAAUAUGCAGUUUUCAAACUUCGCGCUAAUUUGCAAGUUCAAAACUGAAUGUGUGUUCCGAUAGUGUAGCAGUAUAUCUUUCGUCGUGCUGACAAAUUUUGAAACCGUAAAUCUCAUCAGCACAACAUAAGUACACUGUGAUACAAGCUAAUACGUCACAUACGUAGCAUAGGGAUUACCCCCCCCCCCCCCAAUACUUGCUGAAGGUAUGGCUCUUCUGUGAAAUUUUGACGUUCUACCGCCAGUGGUUGUAUAUAUGCAUACUGAACUGUCUCAGCUUACAGGUACAGCAAUAACAGUGUCUGGUGUGAAUUAAUUUGCAUGACGCAUGCACGAUGUCUCUUUUUUUUUUUUUUCUUCUUGGUUUCUUCAUUUUUUUUUUUCAUCAAAUAUUGUGACACGUGUGUCAUAUGCCUCAAGAUUAUGCAAAUGUGCAGUAACACAAAAUCACAAAAAGAACAUGUGAUAUUAAAGUAUCUAUAUUGCACAUAUAUGUAUACACGAUCAAAGUUGUUAGCACCCCUGUAUAUGGCCUUUUCGAAAUACUGUUCACGUUAAUGUUGACGAGGGGAAUUAAGAUAUCAUGAUUGCAGUCAUCUACCGCUCAGUAAAAGAAAAUAGUUGUGAUACUCUUGUCGUGAGGCUACGUUAAAUAAUGGUUUGUAGUAAGAAUUUACCCAAAGAGUUUUUCUUAAGCACUGUUAGAGAUCUGUUUAAUAUCUGACUGUGAGAAGAGAGACUUGCACUAUGCAAGCAGCAAUGGUAAACGGUCAGUGGUGUAGUAUUGCAUUACAGUUUACAAUAAAUUGUAUCCUCAAAGGCAUCUUGGACAUCAUUCCUGCCGUAUAAAUAGGUAUACUGUUACGAUGUAUAGAUAUUUCUCGAGAGGUUUACUCAAAAUGAUUUGUUGUUGUCGUUGUGUAUAUAUGGGUAUGUAUAAGUGUUCUCAGAACCUUAGCGCAAGUUUAGAUCUUGUGAUUUUUAUGCACAUAUAUUACAUUGCAGAAAAUCUAUAUUAAUGUACAGUACGAUGCCACUGUACCUGCAUAAAUAAAAUAAAUUACAUGCA